AUGUCACCUGAUAUAAAUGAUGAACUUCAAUUUACAUCAUACAAAUUUCAAGAUUUAAAUGAUUCUAUUAUUGUAAAUUUUUAUGCAAAAGGAGCUUUUGAACAAAAAGAUCUUGAGGUUCUUCCUGAUAUUGAUUCUCUUGAGGUUUCAACACCAGCUGGUGAGAAAUGGAAAUUCCAAUUAUAUGAUAAUAUUUAUUCUGAUAGAACUGAAAUAAAAACUGAGAUAAAUGAAAGUAAAACACAAACAACAAUUACAUUAACUUUAUAUAAACAAGCACAUACAAUGUGGCCACAACUGUAUAGUCUUCGAACAACCCCAAUUACACCACAACGAAAUGGUCUUAAUAAAGAUAUGAAUAAUCAAGAAAUACAUUCGUCUAUUGAACCACAAGAACCGUAUGAAUUAUCAAUAAAAAAAUUAAGAACUGAGUUUCUAGAAACCACGUAUGGCAUAGUCACAUCACGUAUUUUUAUAAAUCAAGUAUAUAAUUGUCGAGUACAAUUUGGUGAAACUAAUUUUACGGCUAUAUUUUGUACAAAUGAUGAUACAUUUCUUCAACUUCAUUCAAUACCGCCUAAAAAACCAAUUAGAUUAUUUGUUCGUGUUAAACACCGUAUUAUAUAUGCUCAAUGUACCCAUUCAGUUACAGACACAUAUAUUGAAAUAAAACUAAUUAAGGAAAGUGAAAUGAUUACGUGGAAUCAACUGGAACCAGAUGAAUAUUAUGACACUCGUUUAAUGAUGCAUUCAUCAGCAUUAUCAACACAACCUCGAUCACAACCAAAUCACAAGUCCGGAAUGACUUACAUAGAUCCAGAUUCUUCUUCUUCAUCAUCACUACAAUCCAACAAUCGAAUGUCAGAUAAAUUUUCUGCUCGAUCAUCAUUUAAUGUAAAAGAUAUAGUACAAAUGCCAAGUAUAUCAUCACCACCAUCAAUUGGUUUUACAGGUAUAUAUAAUCCGGCUAAUUCAUGUUUUAUGAAUUCUGCUGUACAAUGUUUAUCAAAUGCACGUGAAUUACGAGAUUAUUUUUUACAAUCAUAUCAUUCUAUUGAAAUAAAUCGAGUAAAUCCACUUGGUAUGAAAGGUGCAAUGGCUGAAGAAUUUGGUGAUAUAAUUAAAGAAUUAUGGGCAGGAAAAUAUAGUUAUAUAAUUGCAAAUCAAUUACGAGAUUUUGCAGCAAAGAGACAUCAAGAAUUUGUUGGUAAUGGACAACAUGAUGCACAAGAAUUAUUAACCAUUUUACUUGAUGCUAUUCAUGAAGAUCUUAAUCGAGUAAUUAAUAAACCUCUAGUACCACCAAUAGAAGAUGAAAAUCGCCCUGAUGAGACUAUUGCCGAUGAAUAUUGGCGUGGUUAUUUAAGUCGAAAUGAUUCUAUAAUUGUUCAAUUAUUUACUGGACAAUUCAAAUCGAAAACUAAAUGUCCACAAUGUCAUAAAGAAUCGGUUACAUUUGAUCCAUUUACAUCAAUAUCUGUACCAUUACCAAAACAUGUAUGUGUUGAUACAAUUGUUACAUAUCGAAAUGAUAAUAAAUCACCAAUUAAAUAUCGUAUUAUUAUGUCAUCAGAUGGUUCAAUUGCAGAAUUGAAACGUCGUUUAUCGAAUAAAUGUGCUUUACCAGUUGAUAAAAUGUUAGCAUAUAAAAUUUAUAAUAAUAAUUCUAUAGAAUUUCUUAAAGAUGAAGAUCGAGUUACAGCAAGUACUUAUUCAUGGAGUAGUUUUGAUACAACUUAUAUAACUGAAACAUUAACAAGUGCUGAAUGUAAUAAUGAAAAAAUUAUUCACUUAACAUUUUUUCAACGUAUAUUUAAAUUACAUGAUUAUAUAUCAUCAUGUGCAUAUUGUCAAGCAUCACCAAAACCUAAUAGUUUACCGGUAUUUUGUAAAAAUUGUUAUCAAGUAUCCUAUUGUGAUGAAGAAUGUCAAAAAUUUCAUAUAAUGGAACAUAAAUAUAAUUGUGAAUUUCGUUCAACAGAUAAUUAUGAAACUAUUGGUCUUCCAUUUAUUAUUUCAUUACCAGAAUCGAAAUUAACAUGUGAAAAUCUAUUUCAACAAAUAAGUAUUUAUGCUAAACGAACUGUACAUAUCAAUAUUGAACGUUCGAAACGAAAUCGACGAUCAUUUGAUGAUUUUAAUCGAGAUUAUAGUGAUUUCGAUGAUUAUGGAAGAGCUAUUGAUGGUGAUGAUGAAGAUAGUUUUAGUGAUAUUGAAGACGUAGAUCCAGCAAUAAUAAAAAGUACACUUUCAUCAUCUGAUUCAUGGUCAAUAGUUCGUAUUGGUGAUUAUUUUGUUAAAGUAAAUAAAAAUAAACGACGUUCUAGUCAACAAAAUGAUGGAAAAGAAAAAAUUCUUAAAAGUACACCAACAAAUAAUAAUAAUAAUGAUAAUGAUGAUGAUGAAGAAGAAUCAAUGAUUAUAAAUGGUGAAACUGCUAGCAGUGAUAGUAUUAUGGAAGAUUAUGAUAUGCUUGAUGAUAUAUUUGGUAAUCAACCAUUAUUUCGUAUAAUGCCUCAAACAACAAAUAAUGAUAAUACUAAUAUGAAACCAAUUAUUGAAUGUGGUAUUGAUGGUGAUAGUAUUUUACGUUGUCAUACAAAAUUUUCAAUUGAUUGGUUUACAGAUAAUACAUUUGAAUCACCAUUACGUGUUACACCAUCAAGACAUCGUAGUGGAUUUAAUGAUCUUAUUGAAGAUGAUAGUGUUUUUAAAUCUUCUACUGGAGAUCAAGAUGUUACACUUCAACAAUGUCUACAAUUAUUUAUUGAACCUGAAGUAUUAGGUCCAGAUGAUAAAUGGUAUUGUCCUAAUUGUAAAGAACAUAUUCAAGCUGAAAAAAAAAUGUCUAUUUGGCGUUUACCACCAAUAUUAAUCAUACAUCUUAAACGAUUUAAAUAUAAUCAAUAUUCAUCAUUUGGUUAUAUGUCUAGUUCAAGAGAAAAAAUUGAUACAACUGUUAAAUUUCCAAUACAUGAUCUUAAUAUGGCACCAUAUUGUUCAUCAAUAAUCGAAGAAGAUCAACAUAAUGAUAAUUUAUCUCAACCUCGUUAUGAUCUAUUUGGAAUUAUUAAUCAUCGUGGUUCAGCAUGGUUUGGACACUAUACAUCAUAUGCAAGACUAUUGGCUUUUAAUGAUUCAGCAAAAACAGAAAUAGGUUGGCGACAUUUUGAUGAUCAAUAUGUUUCAACACUUGGAAAUGUUAAAGAUCUUGUUCGAUCUGAUGCUUAUGUUCUUUUCUAUCGUCAUCGUCAUUUAUCAAUUAAUUUUCCUUUACAAGAGCAAUUACAACGUACUCGAUCAGAAUCAACAACUACGUAA